AUGUGGAUGCAGUAUAUCUAUCCCCAUCGACCUGUUAAUUUUAACAAGCUCCAUUUUCGGGGCGCUACCGAUCUGACGUGGAGAUUUAUGUCGGCUGGAAAGCGAUAUGUCUAUUGUGUUGUGGAAAAGCAAAAGUGUUAUUCGCCAUUUCUUUUACAAAACAAGUUUCUCGUUUAUGAUCUAUGGAGUGGGACCUCCUGUUACUAUCGAUGUUCCUCGACGUCAGAUCUCGCGGAAUUCUACGAAACAUCAGAGAAUCGAGGAAUUGCUGUGAUGGAUGACGGAGACGACAUUUCUUUUCACUCCGCCAUAAUGGACCAUGAGACGAGGAAGUUAGACGUUGGCGAGGCCAGCUUAUCCAUGGGAAAAUCUACGAACGUAUAUGGAAACUGCAGGAGCAGCGUGGGAUUCAGUACCAGGAAUAAUGACGGGGUGACCAUGGUUAUUCCUUUCGAGAAUGGCAUUAGUGUCAUCGAGAUGGAUUCGAAUUGUAACAUCAAAAAAACA